AUGUUUUCAUAUAUUCGUAUUGUAAUUUUCUCGCUGUUUAUUGCUGUCAUUUUUGGGGAUGGCGAUUUCUCAGUGCUGCUGAGUCCCAGCUCAAUAGAAUUCACGGGAAAUGAUCAAUUGGAGAGCUCGUAUAUUGGUGAUGUGCUACUGGCUGCUCUGGGUAAUUCUGUCAUUGGAUCAAUACCCUGGAACGGCAUGACCAUUAAGGAUCCCUUCAGCCUAGCCAAGACAUCGUUGAUUAUCAUUCAAGUGCGUGGUAUUUAUCAUCUGCCAACACCGAAUGAUACAAGCACCUAUGAAUUCAUUGGCUCAGAUGCCGAAAGUUCGCUGGAUUAUCUGGUUAGCCAAUUGUCCGUUGCGUAUGACAUCAACUUUGUCAAUCACAAGAAAGGAGUGGGUCAGUUCUUGUCCUGUUUUGGUAGCAUCGAUGCACCCAUUGUGCAGCCCAUCGAGUAUCUGCAACCCCAUCAAUACUGGAGCCACAAGCACUUUCUGGAAGAAUUGGGACUGAUUAAACAUGCUUCGCAGCACUUGGAGCUCGUUUUAAAGCCCUCGCAUGCUUUAAUCUUUCGCCUGUCCUUGGAUCGCAUUGUCAAGGUACCCCGAUAUGCACCCAUUAAUGAAGCUAAAGCCCUGAUCGCAGCUACCGUUCAGAAUCUAAUGGAUGCCAUCAGGGAACGCAACGAUUCGGUGCUUUUGGUGCAAAUCUCAAAUAAGCAUUCAUCCCAAUUGCAGGCCAAGACGCACUCCAGAGUUCGGGGCUCUGUAAAUCCCUUUCAAAAAAUUAUUAAAGAUCUGAAUUUCCCAAUCAUAGCGAAUCUUGCGCUUUGGUUCAGCUUGGCCUUUGUCAUAUCGGUUACGGUCAUUUGCUAUGCGAUUGCCACUAUCGAUCCUGGUCGGGAUUCAGUCAUCUAUCGCGUUAGCUCCGUCAAGGACUUUACAAAGAAGAAACACUGA